UACUUAAUAUGAGAUAUACCCUAUUGCCUAUUUUCAUUUAUGUAUAUUUGAAUCAAAAUGCAAGUAUAAGUUUCAUGAUUAAUUUUUAAAACAUUUGGUAUCUAUUAAAUUAGAGAAAAGAUGUUUUGAAGUUCUUUCUACAGUACACAAUUGUUCAUUCAGUAUUGAACAUAUUGGAAAGUAAGAUAUAAGGCAGGAUAUACUAACAGCUAAGCCUUAGCGAUACAUGAUUUCCUCAAAUAGUGCUAAAGAAACGGAUAAAGUAACAAAUUUUCCGAUGAAAGGAAAUUCAGGUAAAAAUCAAACAACCAUAGCAGAAAUUGUAAUGACUUUCCACACUCAAUCUUUUCAGCUCAAAUGAUCAAUUGAACACACCAAAAGUAUUUCCUGGUUCUAAAAUUGCAAAUGAAUUUUCAAGUGCCACGAUAAAAUCUGCAGUAAUAAAAAUCACUCAGAAACUUGUUGGAACUCCCAGUUUCAACUACAACAUGUAAACGGCUUGGAAGUCAUCACCCCUAUCCUUAUAAGAAAAAGCUAGUCAAGCUGAAAAUCAGUGACUUUUAUCUUUCUGAGAACUGAAGUCACAACUGUGAAAUCUGGAGAGACGGGUGUAUCCAGAGGCACAGCUGAGAUCUGUUUACUUGGAGCCCACUGGAGCCAAAACUGGUCGGAAAACUAACAGAGACCUCCAGAAGAUGAGAGAAGCAAGCACAUUUCCACACUCAGGGUCCUCCUGACUCUCCUAGGUCCCAUCAGAGGAGAGUAAGUGCCAGUGUUCUGCCAACUCAGGAACAGACCAGACCCUGCAGGCGCAGUGAGAAGACUCCCGGGAGAAAACUCAGGAGUGAAAAUGGAGAAAGUAAUACUUCCCACUGAAACUACCAGAAACAUCCAGAAAAUGGAGCAGAAAAACGCAGCCCAGGGAUCAGAAAAGCCCUCAGUCCAGUCAGCUAAACCUUGGAGUGACCAGGAAAUCCAGAGUUUCCUGCAAGAAUGGGAAUUUCUCGAGCGUGAGGUGUACAGGGUGAAGAAGAAGUAUCACAUAGUAUCAAAAACAAUUGCUCAGCGUCUCAAGCAGAGGGGUAUAAAGAAGAGCUGGAAGGAAUGUCUGCAGAUGCUAAUAAGCUUACAGGACUUAUACUUCACUAUUCAGGAGGCCAACCAGAGGCCAGGGUGCCAACCCUUGCCAUGUCCUUAUGGCGAGGCCCUGCACAGGAUUCUGGGGUACAGAUGGAAGAUCAGCGUCUUCUCAGGUCCUCCCUGUGCAGAUGUGGUUAACCUCGCACCUCCCGAGCACCAGCCCCAGGCCUAUGGCGUUCCCAUCGUCUUUCAGGAGCCGAUGUGGGCCCCAACACCUGUGAUCUAUGUGGAAAAUCCUCAGGUACCCGGAUGGGAGCCCUGGAACAUGAAUGGUCAUGUUCCAUAUAUGUAUCCUGCUUUUGCCCCGGCAGCCCCAGGCCCCCUGCCACAGUGGGCCAUCUCUACUGACUGAUCCAGGUCUUGAAGACAUGUAUAAUCUGGAUCCUGAUUCGUCAGAAAGACUGAAAAACAGCACGAUCUGUGUGUGUUAGUAAAUGACUCCUUGCUCCCCUCACCUGGUGCAAUGAGAAUAAAUGUGAAAUAAAUGAA